UUUUUUUUUUUUUCAUGGGACAGAAUCAAAUCUGGUAAAGUGUAUUUUGUUAGAAGGAGCGACAGUUUUGAAACGUGCUGAUCUGACUGAUUUGAACCAGAUGUUGCAGACCAUAAGUUGACUUGUCAAAAUGUGUUGUGCCCUUUCAUCUAGAGACUAAAAGCACGUUAUGAUUCAGCACCAAAACGACAUUUCGGGAAUACAUAUGAUCAUUUUGAGAAACAAAUAUGAGACUGCAUAUUUCACCACGUGUCAAGGUUUUGAAUAUAUCUGCAUCCCAAAAUACAACUAUAGGCUGCGGUUAUUUGGGAUAUGUGAAAAUGUGACCCUGUGAUCGCACUCUGUCGCAGGACACAUUUCACACAAAAAAAAUACUAUUCUUUCUGCUUUUUUGCCUAAACUCUUCCCAAACCGACUGUCCAUGCACUCAGUUUGACAAUGAAUGAUCGAGGUGUUUUUUUGUUGAGGUUUUUAUAGCAAAAUCAAUACAUUUUGUAAAUAGUGCACAUAUUCAAUACUGCGGUGGUGAACAGGGGUACAAUACAUGGUGAUAUUCAGCGCGGGAGUUAUUAACAGAAUAGUUUUUGUCCUUCAACAUGUUGGGACCUGUCUGUCUGGGGCCUGUCUGUCUGCGACCUAUCUGUCUGCUACUGGCAACUGACAUGUCGCCAUGACGACUGAAUCAGGAGCCGACUCUGAGCCCAAGCAGCAGCAGCAGGGGAAAGGAGGGAAGGAGAAAGGAGGGAAGGAGAAAGGAGGGAAGGAGAAGACGGCAGAACACUUCCCAGCCGCCGCGGGACACAGCACACCUGCCAGGAAUAACCAGUUUGAGGAGGACCUGUCGUCAACCAGGUCAUCAACCAGUCGCCUGUCAAUCAAGUCUCCACUGAGGGGAGUCAGGAAGCUGAAGAACAUGCAGUGUAAAAUCACCCUUCUAGAUGGCUCCGACUACACCACGACGGUGGACAAACGAGCCAGAGGCCAGCUGCUGUUUGCCAAGGUGUGUGACCAUCUGAACCUGCUGGAGACUGACUACUUUGGCAUCACGUACCGCGACGUGGAGAACCAGAAGAACUGGCUUGACCCGAACAAGGAACUGAAGAAGCAGAUAAGGAGUGGCCCCUGGAACUUUGGCUUCAGCGUGAAGUUCUACCCCCCAGACCCUGCCCAGCUGUCUGAAGACAUCACCAGGUACUACCUGUGUCUCCAGUUGCGUGAUGACAUGGUGUCUGGUCGUCUCCCCUGUUCCUUCACCACCCACACCAUACUGGGCUCCUACACGGUCCAGUCAGAGCUGGGGGACUACGACCCCGAGGAGACGGAGUACAACAGUGAGCUCCGCUUCGCUCCGAACCACACCAAGGAACUCGAGGACAAGGUCAUGGACCUACACAAGAACUACAAAGGGAUGACCCCAGCUGAAGCAGAGUUACACUUUCUGGAGAAUGCCAAGAAACUGUCCAUGUAUGGAGUAGACCUGCAUCACGCCAAGGACUCUGAAGGCGUAGAGAUCAUGCUAGGCGUGUGCUCCAGUGGUCUGCUCAUCUACAGAGACAGACUGAGAAUCAACAGGUUUGCCUGGCCCAAGGUCCUCAAGAUCUCCUACAAGAGAAACAACUUCUACAUCAAGAUACGCCCCGGAGAGUUUGAGCAGUUUGAGAGCACGAUUGGCUUCAAGCUCCCUAACCACCGUGCAGCCAAGAGGCUGUGGAAGACCUGUGUCGAGCACCACACGUUCUUCAGGUUGGUGUCUCCAGAGGCCCCCCCGAAGAAGUUCCUAGGUCUUGGUUCUAAGUUCCGCUACAGCGGUAGAACCCAGGCUCAGACCCGGAGAGUCUCCUCUCAGAUCAUCAGGGCCGCGCCCAUCUUCGAACGCUCCUCCUCCAAACGCUACACCAUGUCGCGCAGCUUGGACGGAGCGCCCGUAACAGAGAACCACGACACCCUGAUGAGGGAAGCCACGCCCGCCAAAACUGUCACCGCUGGAGACCUGAUCACCACGGUAACGCCGGAGAAGAAGGCGGAGGAGGAGAAGGCCGAGGAAGAGGAGGGACAGACUGACGCUACAGAGACGUCAGAUCCUAAUGUCCCCUCAACCCCCCUCAGACACGACAACAAGCGCUCCCCGUGCCUGUAUUCCUGUGACCCCCUCCGCUCGGAGCUCUCCCUCCCUUCCUCCCCCGUGGCCUCCACUAAGGUCCGUCGGCGGCGCAGGGAGAACGCGUCCCGUAAACGCUGUGCGUCCGUCAGCCCGGUUAAAUCCUCUGCGGGGUGCCGUCGGCGCCAGGCCAAAGCGGACCGCGCCGCCGCCCUCCUAGAGGAGCAGGUGUUACUCCUGUCGGCCCGGAAACAGCGUCUAGAACAGCUGAAUGCCCACGGGAGGCGGGGCGGCACUCUGUUCUCCUUCUCCCUGCACCUCCCCGACCUCUCCUCUUACCUAGACGAGGAUGGCUACCUCACCUUCCCCGACAUCACGGAGCUCACCUUCCUCCCUGAGAGCGUGCAGCACUUCCGUCCGUUCAGGUCACCCUCCCUCAUCCCCUGCUUCCUCUUCAUCUUCUUCUUCCUCUUGUCCACGUCGUUCUCGGUGCCCUACGCCCUCACGCUGUCCUUCCCACUGGCGCUGUGUCUGUGCUACCUGGAGCCCAAGGCGGCUUCUCUCACCGCAUCCAUCGCUCAGGGCCUGCAUCAACAUGACAGUUGUUCAGAGGAAGAGGAAGAGGGAGAUGAAGAGACGGACAGCGAGCAAACUGACUUUGCCUUUGACGGGGAAACUACGGCCACUGAGUCGGAGCCGGAAGACGAUCAUUCUGAGAUGAGGACACAGUAUAGUUUCAUAAGGCGAAUUAAAGGAGAGAAUGUUUUUAUCAAGCAUAGUAAUCUCAUGUUAGAGAACACAGAGGCGUCGGAGGAGCUGGUGAAACGUCAGAGAGACGUCAGUGAACUGAAGCGCUCCUUCCUGGAGACGUCAGGUGGCGCUGAAUCCCUGGGACUGACGGAGUGGGAGAAGAGACUGUCCUCGUCUCCUCCGGCGUGCCCCCACAGCGAGGGAGUGGAGGAGGCACCCAUGAUAGAGCCACUAAACACCCCACAGGACUCAGAGACAGAGGAAGUUCCUGCUGCUGAGGAAGAAAUUAAGCAGGAGGCUGCAGGCAUGGUGAACUCUAGUGAUGUGGGGGCGGGGACUGCAGGAGGACAGGGGUGUGGUCUGAUGACUGUAACUGACACCUUAGAAGACGUCACCAGUGACUGGACGGACAGAGAGACGGACGGAGAGGAAGAGAAGUUCCUAGUAUCUCCAGAGCUGAAGAUAAGUCCAGGGACAGUCAGAGAGGAAGUCUCGACAGCCAUCUUGGACAAGAGAGGAACACUCAUCAUCCUGAGGGAGAUGGAGUCUGAAGACAAAAUGGACGCCGGCAGAGACGUUACCAAGACCAACCAGGAGAAAGGAGGCGGGACUUCAGCAAGCGUUAAGGAAGGUGAAGAUGACGAACUAGAUGGAGAUCCUCUCACCAGAUCUAAGGAGAAAUAUGCCAUAAUCGACACAAAUGAAGAUGAGACCGGUGGUGAGGUAGAUGCUGAGGCCAUGUCUAAGGAGACCAGCAACAAGAGAGAGAUAUCUCUCAACUUAAGCCAGACUGAAACGGAUGAAGAAAUGAGUGCCGUUAACUCACUGCAGAAGACUGAGUCUCCAAGUCCCUCUGAGGUCUUGACCAAGACAGUUGAAAGAUCAGAGUUCACCAACGUGUCACAUGAGAAGGUGACGGAGCUGAUUACCCAGGAUGCACCGCCAAAGAGGGAGGAAUCCAGCGGCCUGGAUGAAGCUGUGAGCGACCUAUCACAGUGGGCCUUCCCCGACGGUCAAUUUGCCACCAAACCAUCACCUGGAUCUCUUGCCGUGUCUUCACUGGGAUGGGUCCCCACCUCUGUAACCAAGAGCCUGGCUGAAGAGGAGGAGGAGGAGGAGGAGAUAGGAGGGAGCCAGGGGAUUGCUGAGACAGCACAGUCUACAGGACCUACGAAACCCGCGGCUGUGCCAGCAGUGGAGUCGACCACCAAGGAGGUACCUGUCGUCCACACGGAGACUAAAACCAUCACGUACGAGUCUUCAGAGGGUGACUACAAUGGCGAUGUGGAACCCGGUGUUCUGAUGAGCGCACAGACCGUCACCUCGGAGACCACCAGCACCACCACGACCACGCACAUCACUAAGACUGUGAAAGGAGGGAUCUCUGAGACCAGGAUAGAGAAGAGGAUUGUCAUUACAGGAGAAGCAGGAGAUAUCGACCAUGAUCAGGCUCUGGCCCAGGCCAUAAAGGAGGCCAAAGAGCAGCACCCUGACAUGUCAGUGACCAAAGUAGUGGUUCAUAAAGAGACAGAGAUCACACCUGAGGGAGAGGACUGACCCAGGAGUAAAGCCCAGGACCCGUUUUUAAAUCCCCUGGUGGAAGGACUCCCCUCAAACCUCCAGCAUCCAACUCCCAACGUCAUGAUGGGUUUCAUUACAUUACUGUGCCUGCCUGCUGGGCCUGUUGUAAACUACAGUGGAGACUACAGCCUAUUGUUCUACAGACAGUCUUGUUCUAUAGAAAUAGAAUCUAUAGAGCGGGCUUCCCCGUUCAAAUCAAUGAUGGCGUAAUAGAUUCUAAUUCUAUGCUCUGCGCUCUCUAUGGUGCCGUUCCUAAUCUGAGCUCCAUGUGCUUACCUUGGCUUUUACUGCCUAAAUUGUGAUGUCAACAGAAGAUUAAAGUCAAAAUUAGGUAGUUAAGAUUUAUGCCUAUCGUCAGUCUCCAUCCGUCAUUAUAAAACAUUUUAAAAGUAUAUUUGCAUGAGCAGAAUGCCGCAAUUAUUAUAAUAAAAAUAAAAUGAUCCAAGAUUUACUGUGAGAUAAUAAACAAACACGCUAUUAAAUCACUUGAACUCUCGCUGAACUCUACAACAGGCAGGUUGAUUUCAUUCACCGUCUUGCUAUCUAUUUAAGAUUAUAUUAUAGUCUUUUUUUUUUUUUUUGUCAUUUUAUUUAUGAAAUGAAAAUUCAUCACUCCGAGAGGGGAAAAAAGAAGUUAAACUGCUGUAGGCUUUAUGUGACCUAUUAGAGCACACAACAAUAUUAUUAUUGUAAUGACUUUUAGUAGAUGGUAGAAGUGCCGACCUCAAUACCGCCUCACUCAAUCGUCUCGGAUAGAAAUACAUUUUAAAUCCACUUUUACAACAAAGUCCUGUAUGUGUUGUCCUGGGCAACAGCAACUGCAAACCAAGGCAGAUUAUAUCGUCUAUAUUCAGCAACAAAUCAUUUUAUUCAUGUUGUAUUGUAUUGUUUUUUGUCUGAACAUUUUGUCAGUAUUCUUUAUUCAAAUAUUGUAGCAUAUUUCAAAAUAGCCUGUGUCCCAGAUCGGUUUGUCCUCGUGGCAACUCUAUAUCACCCAUUGAGCGACAUGGAGAUGGCAUGAUGGCACUAUCCGACUGGCACCCAGGCUAUAUUUGAGACGGUUGACAGAUUGUUUUAAAAAACACUUUCUAGAUGGGGGGGGGGGGGUUACAUAGUUUGUGCCCAGGCUAUGUUUGAGACAAUGACAGUCUGUUUUUAAAAAACACUUGUCUCGAUGUGUGUUUUACUUGUAUUGUUGUGAUCUAUCUGUAAACGGACACAAAUGGUAAACAUUCUCCUCUGUAUUAAUUAAUGGAUGGACUACAGUUCCCACAAUGCUGUGUGUGACUGACUGAAAGGCCCAGGACUCAAACUAACAGGACUGCUAUGUCCAGAUGAACAUAUUUUGGUCUGAAAUAGCACCCUAUCCUCUAUAUAAUGCACUACUUUUAACCAGAGCAGGGAUUCACUAUAAAGGGGAUAUGGUGCUAUUUGUGACUCAUCCAAAGACAAGUAUUUCAUCUGAUCUGUCAGUCAAUCAGGUGAAUGUCUCAGAAGCCGUAAAUGGUUCUGUUCUACCGGUAUCAUAGUUGCUUCUAGACACUGAUCUUGGGUCAGUUUUGCAUUUUCCCUACUAUAGCUAAGGUUGGUUGGGGGGGGGGGGGGUCUAAUUUUGAAUUGAACCUUUAUUGUACUUGGCAAGUCAAUUUAAGAAGAAAAAAAUCUUAUUCACAAUGAUGGCCUACCCCAGCCAAACCCUUCCACAAACCCAGACGACGCUGGGACUCCCGAUCACAGCCAGUUGUGAUACAGACCCGGGUCUGUAGUGACGCCUCCCAACACUGCGAUGCACCACUUGGUCCCCAAAAGCUGAUCUAAGCUGAUCCUAGAUCGGUACCUAAAGGUAAACUUCACCCCAGAGCCAGUAUCAUCAAUAUAUAACUAUAUAUAGCUACAACCAAUCAGGAUGUUCCAGCACCAACAGAACGUGGAAUCAUACAAAGUGGCAAAUGCAUAUUAUUGUGAUUUAUUUUUGUUCUUUUUGAAUAAAAUAUUGAUUAUAUUAUUCUGAA